UGGAAGCUUUCAAUGAUCUGGAACCUUUUUCUCAGUAAAGCAAGAGAAGCAAUCUGCAACAUGCGAUCUACCCAUAAUAAUUAAGCAAGAACAGAGAUCCUACUACUUCUCUACAAAAUGAGUAGAGAUGCUCUCUCCAGUCAUAUUAAGGCUAUUGACAGAAAGCUAGCUGGCUUGACUCCAAUUAAUUCUGAAGAGCGUUGUAUGUAUAAAGUGCAUGAGCAAUUACGUAAAGUAAAUGAGAAGGCUUACAAACCCAUGUUGCUUGCUAUCGGUCCUUACAACUACCAUGGCAAGGUUGGUCAGGGUUUUAUGGAAGAGCAUAAACUGCGGUAUUUGAAGCAAAUGCUUAAAAGGACAAAUGAAAGCAGUGUAGAAGCAUACUUCAGAGCCUUGAGAGAAUUGGAAGAAAGAGCCCGUAAUUGCUACGUCGAAUGCAUUAGCCUAACCACAAAUGAGUUCGUAGAAAUGAUGCUACUUGAUGGGUGUUUCAUCAUUGAGCUUUUCCACAAGUUGGAGGAUGAAACUCCAAGGGAUGAUCAUGAUCCAAUCUUCCAAAUGAGAUGGAUGCGUAACGAAAUAGCUCGGGAUCUACUGUUAUUUGAAAAUCAACUUCCAUUCUUUGUUUUGACUAAAUUGUUCAUGAUGAUUGAGAGUAACCAGACACCACUUGGACAUUUAGGAGAACACACCAUCAAUAAUGAGCAGACUAAUGAAAUUACCUGUCUUGAAAGCUCAACCUCCGCAGAUCAAAGAGUCCAGAUCAAACGACUUGGUGAUCUUGCCAUUUCUUUUUUCUCUGGGUCAUCACCAUUUCAAGAAUGGGGUGUCGAAGGAUCGAGCUCUUAUUCAGCUGAAAAGCCAUUUCGACUUUGUCGGAUGCAUAAAGCUAUCACUCCUCCACUCGCAAAAAUAGUACAUGAGCAUCUAAAGGUUGGAGACAUGGUCAAGAAUGCAGAUUUUAAGCAUCUACUUGAUCUAAUACAUGCAAUGAUCAAGCUUUCAGUACUUGAUAUGGAACUAGAUCGUGCCAUAGAACGUCAAGAGGUUGGAAUCAAAUUCAAGAAGGGAGUGAUAUUUAAGCAUUUAUUUGACGUGAUAAGUAGAGUAGUAAGUCCAUUACCUGCAAAAAUAGAAAACAUGAAGAACGGCAUAUGUUAUGCCGUAAAGCUACAAAAAUCUGGACUCAAAUUCAAUAUUAUUGAGAUAUUUAAGUUUCCAUAUCGUCCGAAGAAGAUUGAAGACUGGAGCUCAAUACCGUAUGGAACGGAGCUUCGCACGGCUGGAGUCAAAUUCAAGAUGGCAGAGAAAUUUAGGGAUAAACUUUACGAGAAUGAGGUCUGGGAGUUCUUACCUGAAUAUGAUGCCAUUGCAUUUCAAGACGUUGGAGUUGGAUUAGAGGAAGCAAUGAGAUUUUCUUAUUCACUCGGUCUAAAUAAAAAUGAGGACGGAAAGAAAAAACUUUGUGGAGCCAUAUUCAACAUGGUAAAGAAAUUUAUGUGCCUACCGUUCCUGAACAAGAUUGAACACUGGAACUCAAUUCCUGAAGGUAGAGAGCUUAAAGAGGCCGGAGUCGAAUUCAAGAAGGCAAAAAAAUUUAGGGAUACAAAAGAUAUAAUAAAACCAAUACCUAAUGCAACAGAGCUUAAAGAGAGGGGAGUCAAAUUCAAGAAGGCAAAGCAACGUACCACAUUUUCCAUUCAAUUUAGCAAUGGGGUAUUGGAAAUUUCGCCUUUGAGAAUAGAAGAUGAAACUGAAACUGUUUUGAGAAAUCUAAUUGCAUUUGAGCAAUAUAGUCCAUACAAUGAUUCGAGUUACAUCACCGACUAUAUGUGCUUCAUGGAUGAUCUCAUUGACUCUCCAAAGGAUGUUGAAUUACUCUGUCAGAAAGGAAUUUUAGAAAAUUGGUUGGGUGAUAAUGAAGUUGCUUCCACCAUGGUUAACAAGCUUGGCCACCAUGUCGCCAUUUCAGCCAACAGAUACUCCAUUUAUGCUAAAACUUCCAUUGAUAUGAACAGGCAUUGCGCCAAACGCUGGAAUGAAUGGAAGGCAAAUUUGAGGCAUAAUUAUUUCAAUAGUCCUUGGGCUUUGCUUUCAGUUUUGGCGGCUAUCUUAUUGCUUGGACUCGCAAUUACACAAACCGUGUUUUCUAUUAUUAAUUAG